AUGAAGGUUACAAUCGUAGUUGCGAUCUCGCUGGCAACACUGGCCUCGCUCUGCACGGCGAGCCCACUGUUGGUCACGAAGCAUGUGGUGAAGAAGCUGGUCGCUAGACACAUGGAACCGCCGGUGAGCGAAACCGUCGUCGUCUACACACCGGUGCAGCCUUACCACCAUCAGGUGGUUUCGCCCGUCGUUCCCCACCACCAGCACCUUCCCAUGGUUCAACCAUUCCACGCCAAAUUUCUGCCCGACCUCGGAAGUCUGAUGAAACAUCCGUGGCUUAAGAACCCGCUACUGAACCUGCUCCCGAAGCGCCCAUCAGGUGGUGUCGUUGAGGUACAUCACCAGGAAACAGUCGUCCCGAGCGCCCCCUACCCUCCGGCCGUCCACGAACUCCCUAAGGAUCCCGAGCCAGAAUACGUUCCUGUGCCUGUUGAACCGACCCCGGCUCCGGAGUACGUCGCUCCAGUCGUGGUCACACCCGCCCCAGUCGUUCCCGCUCCCGUCUACGGCCUGCCUGCCCCCGUGUACGGACCCCCGGAAACCACCGGAAUGGAGUUCUCAUCGUCGUCGUCUUCCAGCAGCUCCAUGAACGUUGCUGAACCAACCGUCACCGGGGCCAAGUACGUUGCCGUCAACCCUGGAGCUCGUCACGAGGCACCCCUCCCGGGCCACACGCAGUCGGUGGUGUUCGAAAACCUGGAGCCGGCCGCAGGUACCGAAGGUCUAACGCUGCUCCCACCGGUUGUGCAGACCGACCAGCGCAGCCUCUUUAAUCCGCUUGAGGCGGAAAUCUACCAGCUGGCUCCGGACUAUCUCCGAUCGGCGGUGGACGAGGGCGAUGGUCCGCGUGAUGCGGUAGAGAAGGAGGCUCGCUACAUCGCCAUCAACGGGGAUCUGCGCCACGAGGCACCCCUGCCCGGGUACGAUCAUUCGAUCGUGAUCGAAAAUUUGGACACAGUUUAA